AUGAAGCCACAAUCUCGAUCAAUCACUAUUUCGAAUAUUACCCCUGAUAUCUUCGAAGAACUUCAUCUUAAACAUGGUCCAACUCUUCUAUGUCCAUGCUCGAACGCCUCAGUACCUUAUAAAAUUUUUAUUUCCAACACUAUAACACAUCAUCCUGUUUGUUCAAGUAUUUUCGUGAGUCAACAGUGGAUUCAAGCACUCUAUUUGGUAGACGCAAGUAGCCAAGAUACAGUCCUACAAAAUCAGAAAGAUUUUAAUAAUAGUGAAUUUGUUACCAUUAAUCUUCUACAUGAAGUUCAAUUUCGAUCUGAAGUUAAUGGCAUCAUUGAAUUCUUUAAGAACGGUACAUCGAGUCAAAUACUUACAAUUUUGAACUAUCUUAGAACUACAACUCGGGCAAACUAUUUACUUUCGGCACUCAAUACAAAUGCGGUGAUUACAACUUAUAUAGAUAGAGGCAAAUACGUGUCUCACGGGUUAGCUACUGCAUAUUAUCCGUCUAGUCUUGAUGAUACGUCGGCGAAAGCCGAGAAGUUACUUUGCAACACUCAAAAUCCAAUUGGUGCUGUUGGCUUUUUCGAAGUUUCAUCUCAGACACUGAUUGACUAUCAUGAGAAAUGGCAUGCCUAUAUGGAAAAUAAUGUACCACUAGUCAAUGGAUUCUUUGGAAGUUGCACUCCUCUUGAAGGUCUUUUAUCAUCGACACUUGCUUGCUUGUAUGAUAGCAAAUGUAUUGAUUUAUUGAUUGAUUAUUUUCCAGCAAUUAAUCAAAUUCAACCCAAUUGGACCGAUUCUGUUCUUUAUUCAAAAUACGAAAAUGUUUCUGUAGAAGAUUUAACAACUAAUCUUUUCAUUGAAGCAUGGUUACCAAAAACAAAUUAUUCGGAGUAUUUUCAUGAAUGUGCUCCUUCACGGUGUACAUACACAACCACAGAUUAUACUGAUUUCUCGUAUGCAGUUAUUCUCUUGAUUAGUCUAUAUGGUGGUCUCACUAUUAUACUUCGUUUGAUCGCACCAUUCUUGAUUAAUAUCUCAUUAAAAUUCAAACGCCGCUUAAGAAAUACAACUGUUGAUUCAGGUUCAUUUCUCGUUCUUCUUCUAUUCACUUCAUUGAAUACGCAAACAGCUACGAUAACUGUCCAGAAUCCAUCAUUAACCACGUACAAUGACUUACAAGUCUUAUAUUUAAACACACUCCGAUGUCCUUGUUCUACUAUGAUAAUACCUCACCGGACUAUAAUUUCAUUGUCUCCAAUUUUACAUCAAAUAUGCGCAAGUGAUUUUCUUGACGAUCGUUGGAUUUUAAUAUUGGAAGAAAGUCAGAUCGCAGGUAUUUCGAUAGAUUGGCGUAAUAGAGCUCACUCGCAGUUUCGAUUGUUGUCCGAACUUUGUGAACUAGCUAAUAAGACGAUCGAUGAUCAUGUACAUCGAUUUCUCUCACAACCCUUUAUUGCAUCAGCUGCACUGACCGAAUUUGAAUUUGAAACACAGUUAAAUGCGACUCUUGAUCAAUUUUAUCAAUCGACGACGGAUUAUUUUGGUCUUCUUGUUGAGACAGUACGCCUUGUUAAUCAAGUUGAUCAACCUUUUACCGGAUCAUCAGUAAUAAUUGAAAGUGAUUUCGUUCCAGACUUAGCCGUAAAUAUGAUGACAGAUGAGAUAACCAAUCAAAAAUCAUUACAGGUAAUAUUUCGUUUGUUUGGUACUCAAGAUCCAAAUUCAACAUUGAUCAACUGUAUCUGUGCUACUGGCUCUCUUUGUCAAAGUCCGGCUACUAUUCAUGAUAUCGAUCUCAAAAGAGAAACUAAUUACAGCUUUACUGUUGUUUAUACAAUUCCUGGCUGGAUUUUAGGUUGUUCUCCUAUUGAUAGUAUACUACUUUCGACACUUGAAUGUUUCUAUUCCGGCUCAGACUGUUUAGAAAUUUUAAUGGAUUAUUUACGAGACAGAUAUUGUUUUUAUGUUAAAGAAUGUUCUUCGUUUGAUUUUGGUCCUCUUAUUUAUAAUUCAAGCUUAAGUCGUUUUCCUCCAAAGACUUUGAUUUCAUCAAUAGUUAAAAAAUUAAUGAUCGAACGAUGGAAUCCAUCUCUUUAUUACGAUCGAUUUUACGAAUUGUGCGCACCAACUCAUUGUACUUAUUCUAAGAGCAUACGCGAAAAAACUGCUGUUGGAGUAAUGAUAACGUUAGUGUCCCUAAUUAGCGGUCUGACCGUUUCAUUACGUUUAAUUACACCACAACUAGUCAAGUUGAUCAUGCUUUUAGUGUCAUUAAUUAAGAAAAAACGACAACGACAACAAAAAACGCAAUUACAAGGUAAUCGGUACACGUAUUUACUUGAUGAGACAAGACAAUCUAUAGGAUAUGUCGUUUUAUGCUUAGUUCGUUCAAAUUGGUGCAAUAAAAUAAAAGCGAUGAUGCAAAAGCUGGGCAAACUUAUUUAUAACACUGUAGUCGAUUUAAACCUAUUCCCUGCAAGGAAUUUUAGUAGUCAUAUUAAUCCAAUGACAGCUAAACGUCUUGGUGAAUGGACUACCCGUCUCUAUAUUAUUUUGUUUAUUGUUGGUCUUUUCGUUCUCCUCGUAUACACAAUUGCUCGACGUCAAACGGUGACGAAAACAUUCAAUCAACCUUCUUUCAUUUUAUAUAAUCGUCUCCACCAUGAACAUCAAGAUAAACUGGAGUGCUCUUGUUCAUUUAUUGCAUCGAAAUUCAAACGAUUUGUCGAAAUCGAAGCAAAAUUUCAUCAAAUUUGUUCAAGUUCAUUUGUUCUGGAUGAAUGGCAAAAAAAUCUAACAAACGGUCUUGUCUCUGAUCUGUCUGUGUAUGAACAAAGAGAUUAUCGUCGUUUUCUAUCUUCUCAUUUACAAUUCCUUCAAGGACUCUGUCAAAUUUCGAUUAAUUCAGUAAAUGAUUCUAUAAAUCAAUUUCUCUCUUCGUUAUUCAUCACUACUAAACUUUUAUCAGAAAAUGAUUUUCGUGAUCGAGUUGAUUUACUAUUUGAACAGAGUCAAUUAAGUGCUCCUAUAACAUUCGGUCGUCUUUACUCCUUAAUUGCAAGUAUUAAUCAUGGUAAUGCUAUUAUUUCAAGUUUCGGAUCAAAUUUUGAGUAUAUUGCUCCUUUUUAUCAAGAGGUGUUUCCAUAUGCUCCUACUCAAGCUAUAAUCUAUGAUGAAUGUUCCUGUGGAUUGUAUCCAAACUGUACAACCGAAGCAAAUUUUAUUGGAAGAGGUCAUUCUAAAAUCCACCCAAUUAAAGGUUUGAAAAUGGGUUGUAUACCAAGUGAGUCAUUUCGUAGUUCGACCCUUGAAUGUUUUUAUGAUGAAUCAUGUGUUCAACUCAUUCGACAAUAUACUAAUUAUACAAAUCGUAUCAUUCCUCUCAAUGCAACAAAGAGUCGAUUCUUAAUAAAUACUUCUGUUGCUGAACUUAUGAAUAAUCUGUUCAUUGAAGAAUGGUCAAAAACAAUUAAUUAUUCACUAUAUUUUGCAAAUUGUUUUCCGUCAUUCUGUUCGUAUAGUUAUAUUGAAAAAAUCAAUCUAUUAUAUAUAGUAACUGUUUUACUUGCUCUUCAAGGUGGUUUGUCAAUUAUUCUCAAAUGGAUUUGUCCUUUGAUUGUUCGACUUCUAUUUAAAUUAUAUUAUUAUCGAAAGAACCGACGGAAUAUUAUUCAACCUGACUGUUCUCUUCAAGUGACGACCAUUAAUGUCGACAACACGAAUAUUCUUAAUCUACCCUCAAAUUCUGAAUCAAAUCCAUCUGGUACUAUAUCUGAAACAAAUAUUGUUUCUCCAAUUCGAUGUUCUUUUAAAGUUUUUUUAAUAUUUAUAUUAAUGAUAAUUGUGGUAAUCGGUUUGAUUAUAUUUACAAUUUCUCUUGCUCGACACGCAAAGAGUAAAGGUAUACUAACGCCUACAAAUACAACGACGACGAGAAGAACAGUUGUUCCUACUUGCGGUCCUAGUGUUUGUUGUAGUGCAAAUUGUAGUGCUUGUAUUUAUAGUAGUACUACUUAUUACUGUACUCGUUAUUGGCAUCCACGUGGUUAUAAUUUUUAUAAUACUAUUAGUAGUUGUGCUGGUAAUGGUGGUUCUUAUAUUUAUUGUGAUUAUAGUACUACCUGUGGUAGUGGUGCUGGUAGUCCUGGUCUUGGUUCUGGUAAUGGUUGCUGA